AUGGCCUUCCUCCAGGAAGACGACGACGCGUUCGUGGCCGCGCUCUCCUUCCUGGACGAGUUCGCACCCGGUGUGACACCCCUUGAGGGCGCGGCUACCACGCGGAUUAGUUCCUUAUGCGGGCCUAAUGAGUCGCUGGAGGACUCGACGGAUUCUGCCGCUAGUUACACGACGAAGCCCAAGCCCAAGCGGACACGCCGUGUAGCGAAAACACAGGAGACGGAGGAAGAGAAGAAGCGACACAAGGCGGCGCUCAAUGAGAAGAGGAAGUUGCUGCGUAAGGCUGGUGUCUAUGGCGACGCCAACCGCGCGCGUAAUGAGCGCUCGAGGGAGAUCGCUUACUUACGGGAUCAAAUGGAGAAGCUGCAGCUUGAUCUACGCUUGUUGCAGACUCAACGAGCUAAGGAGAAGAGCGAGAAGAAAGUGGAGAAGGAGACUGCGUUGGUGCGAAAGAAAUCGACGCAGAUUACUACGAUGUGGCAGGGACUAGCAGAGCAACAGAAACGGCGUCGGGAGGAGGCCGAACGAGAUAACGUGCUGUUAAAACUGGCCAUUGAACGGCAGAAGAAGGUGGCGGACAAUCUACGCGGUUUGAUGCAAAGGAGAGCGACUCAACUGACGAACGAGUGCUCCUCACUGAUGACGCUUGCUCGCUCAAAACAUCAUCUUAUUAACGUGCUGCCACUGCGGUGCGAUCUUGGGGAUUUUGAAGGGCUCUUCCAACAACUGGAGAAUUCCUAUCGAAUGUUGGACGACGUCUUUAUGGCGAAUGGCUUAACUGGAAUGACAACUUCCCCUAUCGACGUCCACGUGCGUGAAGGCGUGUAUGGCAACUACUUUGAGUUGUCGAGCUAUAAAGUUCUACCGUUUGAUGUGCGGACAACAGCAGAAGCCGCGUGGAACCACUUUAAAGGUGUCGAGAAGCAUCUUGGCAACGGCAGUCUGUACGAGAAAGCGGAAAAGGGCCUGGACGAUCCGUACACGCUCAUUGCAGACUUGAAGAAGGAGAUUUUCUCCAAUAGCUCGCGAGCUGACAUCCGCGUCAAGCAGGCCCUCCGCCGCUACAUCGAAGAAGACCGCGAUGUUAUCGCCUGGACUUCGCGUGUAGUUCCCAUCGAGAUUAAGCACAAGUUGCUCCGUGGACUGACGUACAACUUGCGAGGCUACGCAAUUACCAAGCGCUCUCCAGACUCCACCCCAGAGCGAGAGCUCUCGGUACUACAGAUCUGCUACUUGGUUUCUCUUAACCAGGAUAUCGAGACUACGUAUGGCCACGACGACGCCCGAACCAUUACAGACUUUAUGGUUGUCAGUCUUGGGCAGAAUUUGCGAGGUCAUCGAGAGUUCAUCGAGAACGCUCUCGUUGACACCACUCUGAGAGCAGGCUAG